CAGGACGCGGACCGAAUGCUGCGCGGCGUGACCCGAGCGGACGACGAGACAGACGACGAGGUUUUGGCUGAGCUGACGCGUGAGGGAGAGGACCGGUUGGCGUCCGAGCAGCGUGCGCGGCAGGAGCGACAUGCUCGAGACUCGCGCUGGCGAACGUUCAUGGUGGCCGUCAUGUUUCUGAGCCAAAUAUUCGUGGAGCUGGGUAGGCGAGGUCUGCAGUGUUUCCAGCGUAAUGUACCGCGCUACGUCGCGUUCGUGGAUCGCUGGUUGGUGCAGUCCAUCCGCGUAUCGGUGUACCCCAGGAAGAAAAUGGGCACACUGCGAGUGUUACUGGCGAUUGGGCUGGCCUUCGCGUUGCCCUACAUCGUCAUGACUAUCGGACGUAUGCGUUAUCCAGCAGGAAGAGGGGCAAAAGUGAGCGCGGGAGAGCUGGAUGAAGAGAAAAUCCGCUCGCGUAUAAUUGUGGACCGAGUUGACACCACGAUGCCAGGGCGACGGCAAAUGUUUUUGCGCGAAGGAGAUGACGGACUGAAGCUGGACCAAACGCAGCUGAGAUGUGAGAACACCGUCCAGGGUCUCAAGCUGCUAACAGAUUCGAUGGGCUACGUGUGUACUCGGUCUCAGCUGGACAAGGUUAAACCUGGCUGCUGCAAUGAGACCGACGCCAGUCUCCCGCGGAUAAAGCAGUACACUUGCGACCAGUGUGAUACCAACCCGCCGCAUUGCUGCGAUGUGUUUGAGCACUGUGUGUCCUGUUGCAUGCACCCUCUCAAUGUACGUUCCUCCGGUAUCCGGAGAGACUUCUUGACGCACGCUGACCCAAACCACCCAGUUUAUAGCGAUCCGGCCGAGAUCACGGUAUUCCAAUACUGUCAAUACCGCUGUCGCACCUCAUCCGCGAGCGUCCAGCACCAAAACUCUUACCGAAGUCACCGCUCGUUUUGCUACGGCAUUCACCGGCCGCUCAAAGUGUUGCCGACCGUCAACAGCGAUGGUCUCCAUGAUGAAUGGAGUGGUGCGUCUCGCGAGGGCGCGCGUGACCACCUCGUUCCCGCCGCGCAACUCGAGCUGGAUCCGUACUAUCGCUCCUCCGAGCUUCUGGACUGA